AUAACAUGUAACACACAGUGUAUGGAUAUACAUUUAAAACACUUUACAUACAGCACAUACAAUUAUGAAAUUGCUUUUAAUCUUUUUAAUCUAUGUGUGAUGUGAUUAACACAAACUCUAUAAAAUAAAAUAAAUGAUUAUCACUUAUAUUUGACUCUACCAUUACAUGACUGCCAAUGAGUUUAUCAACAACAAAUUUUAAGUCAUCAUUUCUGGAUGUAAAUAAUAACACUGACAUGUAAUUUCAUUGGCUACAGGAGCCCCUCUGAAUCCAGCCCUGCAGAUAACAGCAUAACAAGGUGAGAACUAGCCAGCUGUCUCACACUGCUCACUGGAGUUAAAGACAGGAGAAUUUUGUGUCAAUGACCAGUCCUAAACUGUAGCUUCUGCUGUGAACAAUCGGUCUCUUUAAGUCAAAUAGAAGAAAAGAUAUCAGGUCCUGGAGCUGAAAGUUACCAAGUCAUGGCUGACCAGGUGCUGCUGUUGAGUGUUGGUCUUUCACUGGGUCUGGUGUUGCUGGUGCUGUUGAGUCUUGUGUUAUUAUGCUUACGGAGGAGGAAGAAAAAUGGGCAGAGUCAGUACCAGGAACUGUUCUCCACAGUGCCGUCAGUACCAGCAUGUUCUGCUCCAGUGAUCCUGGUGUCUCAGGGCUCCUGGGCCUCGCCCAAUGAAAUCCCUUUCACUUUGCCUCCUCGCUUCAUCACACAAAACAAUGGAAAUCUCAGAAACGAUAACACAGAAGAGAAAGAAGAAGAAGAAGAGGAGAUGAAGACAGACGUCCAGCGGGACAUUCUGGCUCAUCGUGGGUCACUCUCAGUGAGAAGUUGGUACCCGGUGGGGUCGGUGCUGGCAGGUCUCUAUACUGCAGCUCCUCUGAACGAGGUGGUGGCCCCCCCUCCUGGCAUGGCCACACGUCUGUGCUUCUCUGUGGAGUAUCGACACAGCAGUGAGCAGCUCAUGGUCUCUUUGUUCCGCCUAAGCAACCUCCUUCCUCGCUUUCAUGGCAAUGUCACUCUGGUGGAGCUCAGGCUUCUUCCUGACGACAGGAGGCCCCGCCAGGCGAAGGCCAGAGGAACAGGGCCCGACCCGGAGUUUAACGACUGCUUCGUUUUCCAGACGUCUGGAGUGUAUGUUCAUGAGAGCACCCUGAGCAUGUGUGUGCUGAGUGUGGAGCAAGAUGGUAAACGGCAUGCUGUGGGCAGGGUGCUGUUUUCCCUGGAGGGAGAGCUUGGUCAGGCAGGCAGGGUGCUCUGGAGAGAUCUGGAGCCAGAGGAAGAUACACAGUGUUCAGAGCUGGGAGAUAUGCAGAUAUCCCUCAGCUACAGUUCGUCUCUGCAGCGCCUGUCAGUGGUGGUUUUGAGAGCUCGUGGUCUCCAGCUGCUCACAGAUGCAGGAAUGUGUGUGCAGGUGAGCUUACAGAUACACACUCAGGUGGUGAAGACGAAGCGUAGCUGUGUGGUGAAAGGUGAAAAGGACCCCCUCUUCAACUACAGGAUGACAUUUAAACUUCGACCGCAGCACUUAGAUGAGGCCUGUCUGAGGUUUGAGCUGCAGCAACCAAAUGACAGCCGCUCAGAACCUCCAUCCCAGCUAGGAGUGCUGGUGGUGGGUCCCUUUAUGUAUGCCAGAGGUCUUCAGCUGCAGCACUGGAUGGACAUGAUUAACAAAGCACAGGAGCCAGUCAAACUGUGGCACGGACUGGGCCGAUCAACUUAACUCCUGAGCUGGACUCACAUGGUGUCGACAGUCAGAGUCUAAAAUGAAAAUGCCAAAUAUUUCUAUUAUUUGUAAAAGUUAAGACAAUUUACUAUUAUGCAUACCAACCAAAUGAGGGCGCAAAGGGACUCACAGUGUUUAGGUGCACCACAUGCAGCCUAAGAGAUCUGGUUAAUUUCCAGCAUUGCUCUCAGUGACAGACAAAAUUAGUGGAGGAUUGAAUAAUCCAAGAGCCAGAUAUUUCCUUCACAAAAAAAAGGAAAAAAAAAAAAAAAAAAAGAAAAUUGGAGCUACAAAAGAUCAAAUAUUGGUUUUAAAAGCAUCUUGUGAACACAAACAUGAUGCUCUAAAAAUACAGGAUGAUAAUGAUUUACUUAGAAAGUUACCAUCUUAACAUCAAUGGAUUUUUUAUAUUUGUACACAAAAAUAAAAAUGCAAAAGCUGAGAUCCCUUUAGGAAUUAUAGGAACUAUUAAAUGCUGAUUGGUCAGAAAGGAAACCUGCAUUUUCAGUUAGAGAAAAGGAUCCAAAUAGGGCACAGCAUUAUUCUAAAGCCUUAGCAGCAGUUCUUUCUAACUUUUGGACUUGUCAGCUUUAAACAUAACGUUUUCAGAUGUUGUUAUAAAUUACAAAUGUUUGUUGUAGAAAAAUGAAUUACCAAGAGUCUGGAAUGAGUAAAAUGAUCAAUUUUAUUAAAGGAAAAUGAACAAAGACAAUUACUUGCAAACAAUGACAGCGGUCAUCUGAAAGCAGUUUUCAGCUGCUUGAUUACAUGUUCCAUCUGAUCUUUUUAUUGGGAUUUAGUUUAGAUAAAGUUGAUCGAACAACACAUUUUUUGGUUUGGGAAUCAUCAAAAGUUGCUCUAUUUUCCCUAUGGCUUAUUGUUUUGUUUUACCUUCUUUAAAAAAAAAAGAAAUUUUGUGCAUGAAUUUCACAUGAAUGUCACACUGUAAUAGAUUCUGUUUUAUCUAAGCUAAAAAAAUAAUUUAUUUUUCUGGAA